UUUUUGAAACAACUGCCAUUGCCUGAAAAUGAUCCAGCAUCCAUAAUUACUGCUGGAAGGCCUUGAAAGAUGAUGUCUUCAAAACAUUAGAAUGCCUGGCUGCUUCAAACGGACAGUGUUUGUGUUCAUUGCUCUACUGAGCUUUGCAUCUUUUAUCUUGAUCCUUGUUGCAAUGAGCACCCAGAAAUGGAUGACUGGAAAAAUCCUUUGCAAGACAGGAGCUGAGCUGGUCAACGCCACAGACCCAGAGCUAGUCAAAUUCAUGGGGGAAAUUUACUAUGGACUCUUUGGAGGUGGCAAAAUACGCCAAUGUGGGUUAGGUGGGCGGCGUUCCAAAUUCACAAUAUUUCCACACCUGGUGAAAAAGUUGAACACAAAUCUCCAUGUGGUGAUUAUCCUCUUCCUUUGUGUGGCAUUUUCUUUUGCCUUGGUCAGUUUUGGAUUCUGCAUCUUCAACAUAAUAAAAGUUCCCUAUCGGGCUAUUAAAGGUCCAGCAGGAAUAGCUUUGUGGAACAUAAUUGCAGGUGGCUUUGCAGUGCUGGCAGUGACUAGCUUUAUGGCUGCUGUCAAACUGCAUAAUCUUACAGAAAGGAUUGCCAAUUUCCGGGAAAAUGUCUUCCAGUUUGUAAUCUUAGAAGAACAGUAUGAACACUCUUUUUGGCUUUGCGUGGCAAGCGCAACUGUUAAUGGUGUGAAUGUGUUACUAGUUGCCAUCAGCGCAAUUCAUUUCCCUACACUGAAGACAAAAACAGAAGAAGCAAACGUUACAGCAGAAGACAUCAUGUACUGAAUACCUAACCAUUUGGGUUUGCCGCUUGGCUGGCUCCAGCUGUAGUCCUACCCUUUUUCAAGUAGUGCUGAUAAAGAGAGAGUGUAACAACACUGGGAAGGGUGUGUCAGCAUGGAAGAAGGGCAGUGAGCACUACAAGGCGGUUGGUUCACGGAAAUACUGAGGCCAAAAGGCUCAUGGAGGGUUCACCAAGCCAAAAAAAAGACUAUUUCCACAUUUCAUUAAACUCCUGAGAAGGCUGGCGGCAGCACAAGUCUUUCUCAGAAACCUCCCAGGAGCCCAGCACAAAGCAAAAACACACUUCCCCAUUCUCUUGCUGGGUAAGGGAUCUUGCCCAUAGACCCCCAAAACCGUACAACCAACUUGGGGAGGAUGUUUGCCUCAGGUACCAUGCUGUGUAGUGGAUAAGUUAUACCUGAACUCAUUUAAAGAAAGCUAAUUUAAAACAUUUAGGAAAAGUACACGCUAUAGCUCUCAUAGGAUGAUACCACUUCAGAACACAGGGACCGAGGUGCCUCUGUGGCAUUUUUCAGAAUGCUCCCAAAAUAAAAAGCUUAAUGUGCAAAGUUAACAUGGUGGGAAGAAGGCUAAGCUAGAAUUCUUCUCCUUGACACUCUAGCUUUCCACAUGCAGUUUUUGAUGUGGGGAAGCAUUCACAGUGGAGACUGGUACCUUAGGGCAAAUCAUGGGCACUGCCAUACUUUAGUCUGCACUCAGUGUGCCACUGCCUGCCUACCUUCCUUACAACUAGUCCAGGGGGUAAAACUGCAUGUCAGUUUCCUCCUCCUUAGUCUCACUGUUGAUGUCACACUCCACAGGCUGUCCUCAGGGCCUAGGGCCCUAGAUGGAAGCCUUCACCAAAGUACUCCCCAAUGAGAACAGGGUUCCGGAUGCAGAAACCAAGAUCCAGCAUGGAGAAUCAGUCUAGGUCCAAAUGUGAUCCAGAGACAAAGUCAGGCAAUGGAUCAAAAUCACAGGGAGUUCAGGUAAUGUACAACACAGUAAGGCAGGGAAGCUAGCCUUAAAAAUAAGGAGCCAGAAACCUGUAUAGUUCCUAGCAACAGGAAGGCUCAAGAGGGAUGCCUUCUAUGCUUUGGCCUCCUAAACCACACCCUAACCAUGGCUGCUGGCACUGAAGGAGUAUCAGGGAUUGCUUAUUCACAAGUAGACCUUUUACUCACAAAUAAAUUGAAGACUCUGGAUCUAGAUGCAUACUGUGUCAUCUCUCUUCGGCCUGGACCUGAAUGUUUUGGGGCCAGCACUCUCAAGG